CGCGGAGGACGGUCGCACGGUAGUCGCGCGAGCUCGUAAGUGUUCCUCGUAUCCGUCGUCUCCUGGUGCACCGACCAACCGGUCCAGGAGAACUCCUCGCGGCGAUUGGCGAGCGAUGGAAGCCAAUGAGAGGCGCCUCUCGGUCGCCGGUAGCUGGAGCACGUCGCCUCGGAACAGCGGCCCGGGUGAGGAGUCGGUGACAGCUGUGCCGGUGAGCUCGCGCUAACCUGUUAUGAGAGGACGAGCCGCGCCAACCGAGGCAACCUUGGCAACCCUGGCAACCGGUAGCCCCUCGGUCGGGCAACCGGCUGGAGAGCCGACGCCGUCGGCGUCCACCCCGCGACCCUUCCGCUCGUCGUCGUGGGACGCGUAGGAGUGAAGUGACGUCACGCGUGCCGAGAUAUCCCCGAAGGUGAGAGGUAAAAGAGGGUCAGGAUGUGGUGCCUCGUCAGCCAGGCCAACUCCGUCAUCCUGGAAGUCCAGGUCGAUCCCAAGGCCAUUGGCCAGGAGUGCCUCGAAAAGGUCUGCGACUGCCUCGGCAUCAGCAAGGAGUGCGACUACUUCGGGCUGAAGUACCAAAACGCAAAAGGCGAGGAACUCUGGCUAAACUUGCGGAAUCCGAUAGAGAGGCAAGCCGGUGGGGGUGUAGCACCUUUAAGAUUUGCACUUCGAGUCAAGUUUUGGGUGCCCCCACACCUGUUGCUGCAAGAAGCUACCAGACACCAGUUUUAUUUGCACUCCCGGUUGGAGCUGGCCGAGGGCAGACUGAAGGCCUCCGAUUGGUCCUCCGUGGCUCGAUUGGUGGCACUGAUAGCACAAGCAGAAGGAGGCGAUUAUGAUCCACUUUUGCCCCCCCAUGCCAUCUACUCUCAGUGCUGCCAGAUUCAACCAGCCAAGCCAUGCGAUCCAAAGCCUCAGGACUUUCUGCACCGAAUUGUGCAACAGCACAAGGAGGUCAAGGGGAUGAAAUCCUCCACUGCGGAGUACUGGCUGCUGAAGGAGGUCUCCAAUCUGGACACUUUCGGUCAGGAGAUGUUCCACAGCAAAUUCGGACACAAUGGGGUGUCCAUGAUCGGCGUGGGACCCCAUGGCAUCACCGUGUACCGCGGCCAGGACGAGGAAACGCAAAACAUACCGUACACGGCGAUCCAGAGUGCGACGUCCCAGAGAAGGAUGUUCCACUUGGUGUACUUGUCCCUGGACGGUGUAGAGACCUCGUUGGACUUUAAAUUGGACUCCAGCCAGUCGGCCAGUGGCCUGUACAGGGCAAUUACCGAAAAACAUGCCUUUUACAGCUGCGAGACCGUCAGGAGUGCCGUCACCGCGCAGUUCAUCCGCGACCUGAAGGGAACCAUCAUCUCGAUAUUCAACGAGGACUCGACGCUGGGGAAGAAGUACGUCUUCGACAUCCGCAGGACCUGCAGGGAGGUGUACGACAACGCGAGAAGGGCCAUCUACUGCGAAGCCGUCAGUUUAGGUCUCCCGGAUGAGAACGAGGUCCUGGACCGGCACGAGUGCGGCGAUUGCGAGAAUCCCAAGUGCAAGGAAUCCCGGGAAUGUCUGGCGAGGCUACUGGACGCGAUGCUCUGUCGGAUCUGCAUGGACCGGACGUUGGACACGGCAUUGUUUCCCUGCGGACACGCGGUCGCCUGUCUGGACUGUGCGAGGCGCUGCGAGAGGUGUCCUCUCUGCAGGGCAGACAUAGACCACUGCAGGACCAUCUACCUCCCUCUGGAGCUGACGAAUGUCGACAAGCCGAAUGCAAAAACGUCCCCCGAUGGCUCCGUGCCCAUCUUCGCGGCCAAGCCUGGCCCCGAGACGAUGGCUCGGAGGAUCCUGGCCAGCGAGGCCUCCGUCAACCCCGACAUUUGAGAAAUCCGGCCCAAGGGGAGAUUCGUCGGCUUCGAGAGGAUCUUCCGGAUGUUCUCCUGUCGCCUCGAGAGGGCCUUCUAAAAAAUCCCCGCUCCGGGUCUUCGCAACCUUCCGAGACAAAGUGGACCCCCAGCGGACCUGGAAAACACGGGGAAUUAGUGGCCGGUCGCCGGAAUCGAUGAUCGGUUGGCGUUCUUUCUUUCUUUAGUAUACCUUUUUAUUCGUUUCCUGAGGUGAAGACGUCGAGUGGGCCGCGAAAGAACUGGUGCUGCUCUCUGGAAGAGGAGGAGGGAAUUUAUUGAUCACUUUUCGACGUCCUGGUUCUUGGUGGAAUUUUCAUUUUUUUUCUUUCGAGCCCUGGUCUGUCGGAAAAAGGAUAUGGGAGAUUUUUUCAUUUAAGGAAUUGUUUUAAUUAAGUGAGAACCAACCUGGGUGAACGGUCGCUGGUAAUUCAGGGAUCUGAAUGGCCGAGCUUUGGAAAGACGAGGUUUUUUUAUGGGGUGUAUCGACUGCAUGAAAUUCCGGCUGCUGGUACUCCUUCGACCUAGGAUGACCUUGGUAUCUGAAAUGCGGUGUGAAAAAGAAAAUGUUAAUUUCGUCUUAACUUGGCGUUUAAUUUAAUUAUGGGAUUUUAAUAUUAGACGUCUCGGUCAUCCUGGUUUGAAUAAAUCAUUUGAUAUCGGGAUUCUCCGGUUAAACGAAAGAAAUUCCAUUUUCGGAAAUUCCAAAUUCUAUCCUUCUCCAGAUGGGCGCACCUGUUUUUUUUUCUUUCGCUUACUCUAGGUCGAUGAGUUUUAUUUUUUUUUUUUUUUAUUUAGAGCCACCACCGAGGAGCAGUGAAUUUUGGACUGCGUUUUCAAAAAGAGAACAACCUCCUGCGGCAAUUUUACAUUCCAUGCCGUCGAGAGGAUGUAGAUUUUUCUUUUCGGGAUAUUUCUCCUCUCGUAUUUUGCGGAUCAUUCUAAAGGAACGUUUAGCUUAUUCGAAAGGGAAAAAAAAAAGAAAAAGAGAAAUUCAGCAGUUUUUAGUUUCGAGGAGUCGGUUGAAAUGGAAUUCACCCGCUCCAGAGUCGGAGAGUUUUACCGUCGUGGAUACAUAUGGUAUACAGACACGUAAAAAUGCUUUUUCAAUGAUCCGGCUAUCACGCAGGGUGCCUUGUGGAUCAUUGAUAUCAUUCUGAAGUAUUUAACGUAUAACGCAAGCAUCGAAGCGAUCGGAUAGUUCCAACGACAAUAUUAACCCGAGAGCAGUGCCCGUCAUUUUCCCAGCUGUAGCUUGAAGCUCGAAAUUUCGUUUUUUCAGCUCCUCCCAGAAGGAGGAAAAAAAAAAGAAAUAUAAAAAAGUAUUAUCAUCUAACGAGCGCGUCGAGUGAUCGAAAAAACUGCAAAGGGCGCAUCUCGUCAAGAUCAAGGAGCGCCUUCGAUCAAACGCAACCGCUUAUCAUCCUCCCACUCUCUCUUAAUCAAGGAAAAUGUUUAUAAAUUAUAACAAUGCCAGAACUUGGGAAUUUUACGUUGCACCGGCUUUUUUGGUAUGAAAGGAAAAUCCGGCACGGGAAGAAAUCAUUGAAAAAUGAAUUUGUAUUUAGAAAGGGAGGCGAUUUGAUAAGGCUGGGAAAAAUGGUUAAUUGUAGGAAGUCGCUCCUUGAUCAGGGACGACCUGGGAUCGCCACGUAAAUGAAAUCUGCGUCGCAAAUUGCGGGUUUGCUCGCCGAAGAGCAACGAAAGGAAACAGUGCACUCGAGAUAGAAGAGGGAGAGAGAGAGUGGAAUAAAUGGACGCCUAUCGGUGCCACCAGCAACGAAGCUCGCGGGAGCGCCCGAUGACCGCGGAUAUUUGGCCAGUUCCCGAAUCGAUGAUAACGGCGGAAUCCGAGCCAGCGAGUGGGAGGGUCUUAUCGACGAGCGAUAAACGGACCAACAGGUGGUUUCGGCCCGGAGGUCGAUAUAUUUCUGGGGGAUUUCGCGAACGGCCGCGCCGCUCCGGCUCGGUCUCGCGCUUUUCUCCCCGGGGUCCGCGGAUUCGGACCCGGGGGGAAGAGGUCGGUGGUCAAGGGGUCAAGGGGUCUAUCGCACCAACUGACCCUUCUUAUAUUUAGUACAACAUUCGAGUAUGUUGUUCGCGAUAGGCGUGCGGACGUCGUUUGUAGAAUCUCCGUUCGCGCGACGAAUUAAGCGGCCGACUGGACGGCCGUUUCCGUCGAGGGCAGGGGUCGCUUUCGUUGUUUUCGUCAUUUUUCUCAUAUUUCCCACAUUUGCCCCCCUCGUCACUCCCCUCUCUCACUUUUGUCACUUUCGUCAUUUCGCCGCAUUCGUCACUUUUCUCGCUCUCGUGGCUUUCGUUGACCCCGCCGAUGCCGAGCCGUCGCUACGGGUGUCGGUGUCUCUCUCUUCCCCACUACUCGCGGCAUGCGUCGCUCUCGCUCCCACUCGUGGGAUCCCUCCUGGAUGGACGGCCAUCCCGUUACUCUUUAUCAAUGAUUCAUGCGCAGCUUCUUUGUCGCCGGAGUUGAAGAGUACCAUGAAAAGUGACCUCAUUUGUUCUCACGGAAUCGUGCUUCUGGUUGGUCCUCGACUUCAAGGGGGAUUCCCGUGAACUGUAAACGAUUUCGAGGAUUAGUCGGGUUUCCAUUUAUUAUCUGGAUUUUAAUACAGAGUCGAAUGUUAAAUAAUGAGAAAUGGUCGCGGCGUUCUAUUAGGCGGUCGGAUUCUUUCACUUCGCCGUGGAUAAUUGGAUAAUCGAAUUCGGGGGAAAUCGUUACGUUGUAAAAUGCCUGCGAUAUGUUUUCCUGGCUUUUCGACGGCGACGUUUACUUGGCGAAGUCAAUUUUCAAUGUUUAUUUAAGACAAGAGAGAGAGAGAGAGAGAUUCGGAGUUCCGCGCUCAAGUAGGAACCAUCCGAUAGGAGCAGAAUUCAACUUCCUUUACCAUGGAAACGCCGGAGGGAAUCCUUCCAGUGAUUUGUCGUUCUUUGAAAUUCACAUAUUGUAUUUUUUGUACUUUCUUAUUAAUACACACGAUAAUAAUAUUAGUAAUAACGAUAAUGUAGAGCGUAUAUCGAAGCGCGGAGAAGUGUCGUCUCGAGCGGAAACGCUGUCGCCGCAUUUUCUGCGAAUGUGGAGAAAAGCAGCAACCUGAGAGGAAAAAGUUCGAAACAAAAAUUGUCCUACGGUCCUUCCUAGGUAACUUUUAUAGGAGAGAUUUUUUUUCUUUUGCAAAGCGCAACAGCAGAAAACGCCAAAAUACGACACCCUAACGAAACGGUACCGCGUUGCGACCUCUCGGAGGUAAAUGAAACUUUCCACUUUAACUAAACCCGAUAUGGAAAAAAGUUUCGGACAAAGUUUCAUCUACUUUUAAUGCCGAACAACCUUUGUGAGGAGCAUUUCCCUCCAUGUUGCACCGUUUGGUCAGAAAGUUGGAUUCAUCUCGCACAAUGGAUAACGUUUUCGCUCGGCGGGGCGGAGAGGAAGCACCGAGAGAGGGGGUCUACGACUCGGUCGUUAAAUUUUUCUUGGGACGUCGCUUAUAUCAAUAGCGUACAUUAUUACCGUAAUAUCUGUUUAUACGUAUGUACAUAAGAACUAUAAGCGGUCGGAUAACCUCCGUUGGGGUCAAGAAAUGUGAAAGGCCUCCAAGGUUCGUCUAAUGUCAGAUCCGAUUAACACCGACUAGCUGCACGCCAAGAUAAACUCUUUUGCACGAGACACAAUAAAACCACUGCGAAUCCAUAUAACGCGGUUAUACGCUACGCAAAAGGACGAACUUUAAUGCGAAACCCUGGUGAUCUUUAAUCUCUAAUCUCUUGUGUUUGCGCCGACACAAAGUUGACUUUGUAUGUUGAAUUCUCCGGCCGAUUGGGAGUCGCUGCCUCGGAGAGAACAGCUGAUCUACUUUCGGUCCUCGGAAUAUUUUUUUUUUUUUUUAAUACCUCUGCGCCCGAUUUGUACCGUUUUCUUGCAUCCUGAAUAAAGGAUCGCGUUAAGUUUUACAUUUCUAGAUAUUUUGAGGAUACCUCUGGGUGGAGCCUCGAUUUUUAACAAUUUUUUAGAGGCUCGUCUUGCGUGUCAAAUUUCCCAAAAUGAGGCGUCCUCUUGAAAGGUAAAAAGAUGAUAGUCGCACAUCUCUCGAAUCAUUAAGCGGCAUGCAAAUACUGGCGAAGAAAGGAGAGAGAGAGAGAGAGAGGGUAGAAUGUUCUCCCAAUUGUUAUAGUCAUUCAUCAAUGCAAUGUACACCUAGUUUUUAAUAUUAUUUAUAAGAGAAAGGCACACACAAUGUGUUUGCAUUUACACGCGACUACGUAAGAAAGUACUGCUCCGAAAGGGGUGCUAGAUUAUUUAUUCUACGUGCGAGAUACGAUUUAUUUAAUCCCUGGUUUUGUAAACGAGAGAAUAAAUAUCUGUAUCAAUGACGUGUCUAUUUCCAGAAUGUCCUUUUAUCAACAAAAUAUUAAUUUCUUUCGUAUUUGCAAUGGUUUCUCCGAUUCUUUUUUUUUUUUUUAACUACAUUAUUUUCAAAUUCACCGGCAUAUUCUCUCCGAAUAAAUUCCCUGAUCUGAAAGAUUCCAUUAUGAGGUAUGCCGAUUGAUUUUCCCGUUUAUAAAACCAGGUUUCAUUUAAUUUCUAGGGAAUUUCCCCAAGGCUCUCGGUAUUCGGUACGAGUGCCUUGAUUUCUAGUCGAGUGCAAAUGCGAUAGAUGUCCCAAUGUAAGGAAGGAAUAAAUCUCAAGUGAAGUGUUUCAAUGGAAAGUCAUUGAGUCACGUUAAUCACGGGCAAAGGAUCCCUCUACUGAUUUUUCCUAAACUCAGCCUGAAUCACUGUAAACGAAUGUUUAAUCGUAUCGAGUAGGCUAAAAAGACCUGCAACACUGACGGUACAAUUUUGAGAUUUAUUAUCAUUUAUUGGCUUACAAUUUCAAUCCCCGAUUCCCCAUUUAUAUGAUCUGUGUCCACUUAUGGGGCAGCUCCUCGACGCCUCCCUGCUAAUUUUCAUGAAAUUUCCAAAAUGAAAUUAAUAAAGGUGUCGCAGGACUUUCCAGCCAAUAAAUAAUUAAAUAGUUAUUCCGAAAUCUCACCGAAGCAAGGUCGGGAGCGCCGAAAUACCCAGGAAAAAUCGCCCCUCGAGAACAGUGGACUGAAUUCUGAAACCCCACGAAAAGAAAAGAAAAAAAAAAGAUAUCUUUGUAAUACUGCGUGUCUAUGCGAUAACGAUAAAGGCUCUACCGGUAAUAACGAGGAUACACGAUAAACGCACUUCUUGUGAUUAUAUCUCUGUAUAAAACGCAUUAUUAGUAUUUAAUAUAGGACGUUGAACAUGCAUAUAUUCUCGAGAAGUCAUAGCGUCUAGCUCCGCGUUCGCAACGAGAGAGAGCGAGAUAGAUAGAUAGGCUAGGAGCAAAGCGAGAGAGAGAGGAAGAGAGAUCGCAAAGCGAUGCGUACCCGAAUAGAUUGCCGUUUGCAAAGAGUAUUUUUAAAGUAUUUCCAAUUAUUUUUUAGUAUUAUAUCAGGACCCCACUGUCAACAGUGGCACGUAUACAUAUUAUACAUAUGAAUAUAAAUAUAUUACACCAUGUGAAAAACACCAUACGAAAAUAUAACGAAUAAGGAUAUCGUAUGCAAGAUGUUCCGGAGAUUAAAUAUCGUCGAACACUAA